CUGGCGGGAACGAGCGAGCGAGCGAGCGAGCGGGCGCCUGCCCUGUCGCGCAGCCGGGUUUGAAUCUUCCACAAGGAGCGGUGGCCGCGAGUGUGCUUGGCUGACAAUGGCAGAUGAAUUGGAAAAGUUUCUUGAGGAACAAAGGGACAAAUUAGCACAAGAUAAAAUCGAGCUGGACCAAGAUCCACCAUAUAUGGAGAUGAGAACAAAGUCUUCAAACCCAUUUGGUAAGACUAAUCAAGCAGCUCACUCAUCUACCAAUGCAAAUAACCACCCAACCAUGCAACCUAUGAAAGACAAUCUACAAACGGAUAGAUCUAAAGAUGAAAACUAUGGGGUAAGCCUGCAACUUGGAUUAGAAUAUGAUCAAAAGAAACAGAAAUUGAAGGAGGAACUUCGGCAAGACUACAGACGCUACAUGGCUGAGAAAAAUGCUAGGAUUCAAAGGGAGUUGCAGCCAACAGUCGAGAGCCUUUCACUUCCCAUCUCUGACAGAAAAUCGGCAAAGGACAGAUUGAGAAUAGAAAGAAACCAGGAAUACAAUCAAUUAUUAAGAGCGCAAGACAAAAAUGAACAAAUCAGAAGAGACGGCAGAUGGAUUCCAAAGGAGAAUAUUGAUCCUUCGGAUGAAUCCAGAUUUCAGGCUGCACCUCAUAUUAGAUCUGGUCAACCCCAACAUGAACCGGUUUCUUAUAGCAAUGAUGCAUAUACAUCAAUGCAGGCCUAUGAGGAGUUGUUGAAUAAAAAGCGUCAGGAAGAACAUAGAUAUCGCAGGUCUGAUGAUCCUGACGUUGGUCAUAGAAGAAAUGUACAGACGCAGACAGAUAGAUCAUGGGAUUAUGAAAAUAAUUUUUCAGAUUCAAGCAACUACUUCGAAAGGUUGAAAAAUGAGUACAGGCAAUACAAAGAACUACGUGAUCAGAAAAAACCAAUGUACAUUGAAGAUGAGUAUAAGAAAGAACACAGAAGGCGACCUGUUUCAGCAACUGAGAAAUCUAGAUUUUUGACAAAUGAAAUACAUGACUCACCAAGAGAACGGUCCAAGUCUGCUGUAGUGAAAGAUGAUGCUGUGUUUGGUACUGGUUUAUUAUUUGGUAACAAUGAGCGUGAGAGUGCUCAGAGAAGAAGAAGGGAAAGAUACAGACAAGAUUUGCUGGAACAAAUAUCAGAAAGGCAGAAUAACAAGAAAAGGGAGAAGGAACUUGAGCUUAAUGUUGCUGCUUCAGGAGCUGUGGACCCAGAGAAGGAACCAGAUCGAAUACGGCAGUUUGGUGCUGUUAUGCACCAACACAAUUCCCGCAGGCACGAUGCCCUUGACCAGAGAGGUGGAGUCCAUUUUGCAAAAUAUGCAAGUGAUGAUGGAUUUGCCGAGGGACAGCCACCUGAACGUCCCAGGAUAGCUUUCCAGACUCCUGUAAUUGAUGAUCGGAAUCUGACCGGUGGAAUGUGGAAUCCCCUUCGGAAUAUGAUGGCUCCAAGGCUUAAUGCAGUUCCCCCUCCACCACCACCACUGCUGAUGGAACAGUACCAUACUCCUUAUGACAAUGCUUAUUAUUUUUAUGGGGCUAGAAAUCCUUUGGAUCCACACUUGGCUCACUAUGGCCCAGGAGUCAUUGGAGCACAGCCUUCAUCCUUGAUCAAUCCUUCCAGUAGGCUGGCCAACGUGCCCAUGCAAAGUUAUCCACAUAUUGCCUCUGUAGACCAAUCUUUCGCGCCAAAUGUUCAUGAUGCCACCACUAUUAGAAAUUCAGAAGGUGGAUUCUUACCAGAGCAGCAAGCAGGUUUUUCAAAGCAAAGUCCACAAACCUACAAGGAUUUCUUGCAAAAACAGAUGCAAGAACGAGAGGAAAGGAAGAAAAAAGAAAAGGAAGAAACACUGAAAUAUGAUGCAAAAGUUCAGCAGGAAAUGAAAAUUUACAAUCCAUGGGGAAGAGGAGGUGGAGGUGCACCUCUAAGAGAUGCAGAAGGAAAUUUGCUAACUGAUCUGAAGAAAAUGCAUAAACAGAAUGAAAAUGCCUACAGGGGCUUCCCUCAUCAACAAAAUCAAGAUCCUAAAGUCACGGUACCUCUUGAUCAGAAUUUAACCAGACCAGGUGCUGCAACUCCUCAAGAGAAAGCCAGAGGUUUUACUUUUGCAAAUGCAUCACAAUAUUCCCAAGGAAAUCCGAUCAUCGAUCAACAAAUUGAAAGAAAAGUUCCUGAUCAGGAAAAAUAUAAAGAAUAUCUACGCUUACAAAUUGAAGAAAAGCGGCUUAAAGCAGAGGAAGAACGUGAAAACAGUAAACUUGAAGAGCAACGAGAAGAAAAGCGGUUCGCUGAACAGAGAGUACAAAUUGUAAAAGAACUUGAAGAGGAACAGGAAAAGAAACGACGUAAAGAAGAGGAGCAAAAGCUCAAAAAUGAAGAAAUUGUACGAUUGGCUGAAGAACGUCGUAAAGUAGCAGAAAAAAAGCGAAAAGAAGAGGAGGAAAAACAGGAGGAGUUAUUCCAACAGCAUGCGGAAAGGGCACAGCGUGAAAGGGUAGACGAAAAGAGAACACCUUCUCCACCAAUUCCAACUGUGAAGAACAAACAGGUUACAGAUCCAAGAGCUGAUUUGCCUCCUUCUUCAAAUGGCUCCAUCCAUGAAUUAGACAUACAACAUCCACAUUCUGGGACCAAGUCACCGCCUGUUCCAGCUCGACGAAACCAACUUCGAGCAAAUGAGGAAAAGAGAGAUAUAAUUAGUGAGUUGUCAGCUUUGAGGAAACAGCUGCGAAGCGAGGAACGUCGUCUUGAGGACCAGUAUCAAAAUGCUGACAUGGAAGAUGAUGGAGCAGUUGCCAUGGGCAGGAAGCGAGAUAGAAAUCACGUUGAUGUCUUUGAUUUGGCUAGACAACGUAUACAGGCCCUGGUACACCGACCUUCUUCAAAAGGGCUAGAUUCUGUUAAUUUACAAAACAUUAGAGAAUUCAAUGACCUAAAGUACAGAGAUUCAGCAACACGUGCUCAAGUAAGACAAAUGUAUCCAGACCCUCCAAAUGAUAGUAAUACACUGGAGAUUCAACAGGAGGCCUUAUUGAGAGAACAGCGAAAGAAACUGGACACCAUGAAAAGGAAACAAGCAGCUUCCCAUAUGAAUUCACGCAAUAUUGAAUUGCAGGCAAGAGGUUCUCAGGAAGACUUAAUGAAGAAUUCUUUGCUGGAAUCAGAUAGUGCCUUUUUAGGAAGUCAUGGAGAAACUUUCCCUUAUCCUGUAGAUGUUGGGACAACAGCAACUGAACUACCUCCACGCGAGAGACGGCGCCGGAAUCAAAAUAGACAGGACUUGGAAUCUGAUGUUCCACCUGCUGUGCAACCCCCAUCACAGCCAGAUUCCAUCUCCCUACACUCUGCAUCCAGUUUUAAUGUGGAGCAAGUAAGAGCCAGAAAUGAGCGGCGAAUGAAACGUUUGCAGGAUAUGCAGCAUCCAGGUAAUGAUGCAGUUGAUGAUGACGACUUUCUGAGCCAGUUCAUUUUAAAAGAUAAGGAAAGACCAAGCUCUGUUGAAACAGAAGCCACCGACGUAUGGCUACGACCAGGAACAUCAGAAACUUUAAAGAGGUUUAUGGCUGAUCAUACGCAACUUGACCGAGGACCUUCAGAUCUUGCAUCUGAUUUCAACUGGAGAAGGCAAACGCACUUUACGGCAAAUGACUAAUUUGGCUGGGAAAAUUAGUCAAUUAAUAUAUGUGCCUUCAAAUGGGGAAACAAGUCAUCCUUGAUGGACUUUGUUAUUUAGCUACUAUUCAGGACAUUGUAUACAAAUGAUUUUCCUCUGCUAACCAAUAAGUGGCCUUUAAUGAAAAGCUAAAUAAGCCCCCAAAAUUAUUUUAUCCAUUUGUUGUUUCUCACUAAUUGCAAAUUGGUAUAAUUUCCACAUGAUUAAUUAUUCACAAAAUUACACUGGAAAAGGUCACAACAAAUUUUGCAUACUGAACCUGGCACUAAUUUGUGCUGCUGCUUGGAUGUGACUUGUGUUUCUUUUUUUUGUACUUGAAUUUUAUUUAUAUUGGUAUUCAAAUCCGUUGAAAUGAAAGUCUGUAAAAAUAAAGUUGUAUUUUAAAAGGAAAUUGAUUAGUAAUGGUCAAUGUUUAAUACAGUUCCAGGUAAGAGUAUUCUUCCUCCUCCUAACAUUAAUCAAGUGUUAAUAUCCUUGUAUUUUAAUGGCCGAGUUAACGUACUAAAACUUAGAGAUAUAAGACAUAAAAAUGCUGGAAUCUUGAGCAAAAUCUAAAGUGCUGGUGAAACUCAGUAUUUCAGGCAGCAUCUGAGGAGGGAAAUGUCUUGUGCAACAAACAAAGUCUCUCCACACAUUUCCCUCCACAGAGGCCGCCUGACCCACUGAGUUCCUCUCGUACUAUUUAUUUGUAAUAAAACCUCUAAGACUUGGUA